AAGAAGAGACAGUAAUGAGUUAGACAAGGCCACUAAAAUACAUCAGAAAGGGGGAUUGACAAAGAAAAACGAAUUGAUGUCGCCUUCUCACCGUUUCUGACUGAUUUAGCCGAUGUAGCCGUCGAGGUACCUUUCCCACCCUUUUAAAAUCAGCGGUGAGCCAGAGAGAAAGUUUUUUGGGGAAGGAACAAGAAAUCUGAAGCGGUAGAGGAAACCAAAAGAUUCUGUGAGAUGAAGUCAACUUGCUUUCUUAUGUAUUUUUGAGAGAUGAAUACACAUUCUCUGUGUGUUUGUAGUAUUUCCACGUUAACGAGUCAUGGUGGUAGUUUGGAUGAUACUGGUGACGAGCAAGGCCAUGAUGCACUUGCUAUCACGGCGUUAAUCGUAAUGGGAGCCAUCCUUGCCAUUCAGUAUACUAUCUUAGUGUUGACUUUAUGCUGCAAAGUUUGGGACAGAGCAAAUGGAACCUCUAUUUCAUUUAGACAUCAGUCAGAAGAACCGGAUUCUGAAUUACAGUGUAUAAACAGAUUCCCUUUCCUACCUUCAUAUGAGAUGGCGGUAGGUGAGGAUCGUUCAAGUCCGCCAAAUAUUUACACGACGUAACCAUCUUGGAUGCUAGUAUUGUCAACCAGAUUAUUCACGAUGUAGUAGGCUAGAUGUAGUCCCAAUGACUCGAUGAACAAAGCAGCUGAUCAUCCCAAAUUAAAGUAUGGACACCACUCGGUAAUCCAUCCGAUGAAGCGUUACAUUGGAGAUAAGGGGUCUCAAUGUAAAAAUUUUCAUUGACUGAAUUACAUGAUAAUUUUGGUAUCAACUGUGCUCUGGAACCAUUCUCUUUAUCAAUACCACUGUAACGUAUAAGAUUUAGUGUAACAUUUCAGACAACUGGAGAAUUUACUGUUAAUGAGUCCAUGUGUUAGAAUAUGUCAUAACAACGGUAUCAACCUACACUCUGUAAGCGCAAUCUUUAUUUACACUACUAUGCCAGAUUGGGCAGAAUUUCUCACUUGCGUUGCUGAGAAUUCCGCACACGCUAGUUCAGUAAUCUUGGACUGUAUACUUUCUCUUGAUUCAGGUUUUAUUGACGACAAUUCAGCAUUACACGUUCCGUUCUGCAAUCUAUCUACUCUCUUACAUUCUAAUCCUAGGGUUACAAAAAUGCUGCAUUUAUUAGCUAAGGAAAUCCACACCCAGAUACGUAAUUCCGUGUGGGAUUCAGGACUCACUCACGUUCUACAACGAUUCGUGGGCACUGAUAUCCUAUUAAACAAGGCUUUACUUGACAAUCAUGCUGCUAGGUUCCCAUGCACUUAAACGCCCUGCAAAUACCUAAUUUCAUACAUCAGUGCUCGCAGAAUUAAUUCGAUUACCCUAUGCCGCUCCCAAUU